GUCGUUUUCCCAAAAAUAAAACUGACUAGUAAAAGCUGGGUUAGGAGGAUACACGUAUCCUCAUACCCAAACAGAUCUCAUCGCCUUCGAGAUUUCUUCGUCGCUGAUUUUCAAUUCCUCUCCUCUUUUCUGCAAAAUUCUUAUACUCGAGAAAAAAAAAAUGGAUUACGACUUCAGGAACAAGUCAGGACCUCCCUACGCUCGUCCCAUGUACGGAACCGCCUCGGCUUCUCCUUCGCCACCAUCUAGCCACUCGAUGUACGGACCUCCGGGAUACCCGAAGAUCGGCCAACAGAGCGGCCACGGCCAACUUUUUUUCCCUCCGCCGGAGAGAAACUCUUCCUUUCAACAUAACUCUUCUCCGUUCCCUUCUUCUUCUUCAUCUGGAUUAGGAAUCAAAGUGACUAUGAAACCAGAGUAUCGGAUUACUCCUCCGCCUCAGUUGUUGCCUCGAGUCGCAGAUAUUCCUCGGAGCAGUUUUCAGUUCGAUUUCAGUCUAGAGAAGAAAGUCCUUGCGGAGGCAGAGAAAGAAAAUCCAGACUGGAGCAAAUUCGGAACCGAGAAUCCUCCGCAGGCUAAAUUCCCAGAACCGGCACCUUCUAUGGGUGUAGAUCCUAUUGUGAUGAAAUAUGCUGGGUCUGGACUAAACAGAGAAGCUGUCAACAUCGCAGUUGCAAACUAUGGUGAUAAUCCCACAAAGGUUCAGGAAUUUGCAAAUGGGUUCUCGGCGAUACGGGAGAUGGGAUUUCCGACAAACGCUGUUGCAGACGCUCUCUUCAUGUUUGAGAACGACACCGAGAAAGCUUUGGCGCAUUUGCUCCAUGGUUCUUCUUGAUUUGGUGGCUUUCAAAUAUAUGUUCUUAUAAGUAAACAUCAAACUUGAUGACAUAAAGAUUGAGAAAGUAUAGAUAUUGGGUUUUUACUUAUGUAAAUGAAUGAAUUUGUUUUGGGGGAGAAAACUAUUUCAGUGAAAAUUAUCUAUUUCACUGCUUC